GGCUCUGUCCCCGCCCCUCCCGGCGCAGCCAAUGAGGUUGCGGGGGGGCUACGGGUGGCGGAGCUGCGGCGGCGCGGGGGCCGCUCGGCGACAUGGAGCUCAGCCUGGGGCGAGUGGAUUACCUGCAGGUGGGAGUGACAGCUCAGAAGACGAUGAGGCUUCUCCCCGCGUCAGGGCGAAAGGCAACGCAGAAGGUGGUGGUUGGAGAUCAAGAUGGGGUCAUUACGUGUUUUGGCAUUAAGAAAGGGGAAGCUGUGACAGUGUUCAAGACACUGCCAGGCCAAAAAAUCGCAAGGUUGGAGUUGGGAGGAGCACUUAAUACACCACAAGAGAAAAUUUUUGUGGCUACAGGAUCCGAAGUUAGAGGUUUCACAAAGAGAGGGAAGCAGUUUCUUUCAUUUGAAACUAACCUUACUGAAAGCAUCAAAGCUAUGCAUAUUUCAGGAGCAGAUCUCUUCCUUUGUGCAAGCUAUAUCUAUAACCAUUACUGCGACUGCAAAGAUCAGCACUACUAUCUGUCAGGAGAUAAAAUCAAUGAUGUUCUCUGCCUUCCUGUCGAUAAAGUGAAUUGCAUUACACCAGUACUUGCGUGUCAGGAUAGACUCCUCAGAGUUUUACAGGGAUCAGAUUUACUUUAUGAAGUAGAAAUUCCUGGACCACCUACUGUUCUUGCUCUGAACAAUGGAAAUGGGGGUGACUCUGGAGAAGAAGUUGUGUAUGGAACUUCUGACGGUAAACUGGGUCUUAUCCAGAUUACUGGUUCCAAGCCUAUACCUAAGUGGGAAAUUGGAAAUGAAAAAAAGAGAGGAGGUAUCUUAUGUAUUGAUAGUUUUGAUAUUCUGGGAGACGGAGUUAAAGAAUUACUUGUUGGGCGAGACGACGGAGUGCUAGAAAUCUAUAAUUUUGAGAGCGCAGAUGAUCCUGCCCUUCGUUAUGAUCGUGCUUUAUCAGAGAGCAUUGCAUCGAUCCAGGGUGGAUGUGUAGGAAAAGAUGGGUAUGAUGAAAUUUUAGUAUCCACGUAUUCAGGCUGGCUGACAGGACUGACUACAGAACCUGUCCAUAGAGAAGGUGGAUCAGGUGAAGAGCUAAAAUUAAGUCAAGAAAUGCAGAGCAAGAUUUCAUCCUUAAGGAAUGAAUUGGAGCACUUACAGAUUAAAGUACUUCAGGAACGUGAAAAGCACCAGCAAUCUUCUCAGUCACCUACCGCCGUUUCGUCAGUACCUGCAUUUAGUGUGAAUGAUAAGUUUACAUUAAAUAAGGAUGAUGCAAGCUACAGCCUCAUCUUGGAGGUGCAGACGGCGAUAGAUAAUGUCCUGGUACAGAGUGAUGUCCCGAUAGACUUGCUGGAUGUGGAUAAAAAUUCUGCUGUUGUUAGUUUUAGCAGCUGUGAUUCUGAGCCAAAUAGCAACUUUCUUCUUGCAACUUACCGAUGCCAAGCAAAUACUACGAGACUUGAACUUAAGGUUCGAUCAAUCGAAGGACAAUACGGGACGCUUCAGGCAUACGUAACUCCGAGAAUUCAACCAAAAACCUGCCAAGUGCAUCAAUAUCAAAUUAAACCACUUUCACUUCAUCAGAGAACUCAUUCCAUUGACCACGACAGACCCAUGAACACGCUGACGCUCAAAGGCCAGUUCAGUUUUGCUGAAAUUCACUCCUGGGUUGUGUUUUGCUUGCCUGAAGUGCCUGAAAAGACUCCCGCUGGAGAGAGUAUCACCUUUUAUUUUCAGAACACCUUCCUGGGUACACAGCUUGAAAGUACUUACAGGAAAGGUGAGGGAUGUUUUAAGUCUGACAACAUUUCUACAAUAUCCAUCCUAAAAGAUGUGCUUUCCAAAGAGGCUACUAAAAGGAAGAUUAAUCUCAACAUAUCAUAUGAUAUAAAUGAAGAAUCUGUGAGGCACACAUUAAAGCUUAUCCACCCUAAAUUAGAGUAUCAGCAGCUCUUGGCCAAGAAGGUUCACUUAAUCGAUGCUUUAAGAGAAUUGCAAGUUCAUGAAGGAAACGUGGACUUCCUGCUGCCAAAAUACCGCAGCAUUUUGGAAGAGGCAGAUCAGCUGCUUGAGGAAUACAAGAGACAACCUGCGCAUCUUGAGAGACUUUAUGGUAUGAUCACGGAUCUCUUCAUUGAUAAAUUUAAAUUUAAAGGCACCAAUGUAAAAACGAGAGUUCCUCUUCUCCUGGAAAUUCUGGAUGGCUGCGAUCAAGAUGGACUAAUCGCGUUUUUUGAGGCGGCAGCCUGACAAGGAAAAGGCAAAGUAAUUUUUAUUUUUUUAGCCAACGCAGUUCAAUAUCAAGCCCAAAACACUUUUAAAGAAAAAACACUUCUACUGUUUUGUUGUACUGUCAGCUUUUAGGCUUUAUUUAUCCUCACUGUCAUGCUGAAUACAGAAGUCAGCUUCAGUUCAUGUCCACUGUGUGUAUGCUCAGUGGGUGCGGUUUCUAUGUACACAAGGCUUUUCAUAGCUAAAGAAAACAGAAUCAGAUGUAAAUACCAAAUACCCCUCUUGCAAGCGUGUUUUCAGUACUGUUAAAGACUGCAUGCUGUUCUCCGGUGUUAAAAUGAAC